AUGGAAGCUGUGGGCGCCGUCUCAGCGAUAGUCAGCCUCGUCGAGAUUGUGGGGCAGGUGUCCAAAACAGCCGUCUCCUUUAUGCGCGAUGUCAAAGACGCAAGAGUGGACAUGAUCCAGGUUCGCAAGGAGCUCUUCGGGCUGUCUACAAUUCUGGAGGUCAUACAGGAGGAUUUCGCCAGCGGGCCCGCUCUGUCUGCUGGCUCAGCUGUCUUGCGCAGGACGCACGAGCACAUCGAGGGCAUCUGCAGGAAUUGUGUCCAGGUCGUCAGGGACAUCGACCAGGUCAUUCAGAACAAGCAGUCCAGGCUCACAUCCGUGGCGUGGGUCACGUCGGGCCACCGCAAGGUCGAGAAGCUCAAGGCCGACUUGCGUAAUCACAUUAAUGCGCUCGAGGUCUCGUUACAGAUGAUCUCCUAUGUUGGAAUCAAAGAUAUCAAAGAAGAUGUAUCAGCCAGUCGCCAGGGGAUAUCUGAGCUUCUCAGGAAGACUGACCUGAUCCUAGAGAGUAUCUCCGGGGCCCGGAAUGCACCGCGAGGGGACCACUACUCGUCGGCAGCGAUGCUCGGGUCGUACUUGGAGGGCUUGAAAGACGACGCCGAGACAGUUCUCUCGAGCGUCGAUUAUCAGCGAGAAGAUAGCUUCACGAUAGUAGAUCAGGACUCCGAACCUGAUCAUAUGCGAGGGGCUUCGUCUCCCUCGACUGUGCCAUCGAUCAUCUUCAAAAACAGCCAAGACCGUCAGUUCUGUAUCCCACUCGAGGCCUGCAGGACAUGGGAGGACAUGUCCGAAAUCGUCAAGCAUUCCUUCUCCAACACCGAGGAUACAGAGUUCAUCGACAAGGGUCAGUAUGAUUUGAUCUCUGGCAACUCCAUCUUCCUCCCAAGGUGGUGGGAAACGCUCAUUCAACCAGGACUGGAGAUUAAGAUGGUGUCGAGGGCUCAGACGAGUAGUAUUUCAAAGUAUCAAAACGCUGCGAAGGCGAGCCCAAGAGCUCGGACUGCGCAGUCGGCAGGAGACAAGCUGGUUCUGAAGUUCAAGGACGCCAUUGGGAGGAAGUAUAUCUUACUGUGGCGUGACGUCAGCACGUGGGAAGGCAUGGAGCACGUCAUUAAAAAUGUUUGUGAGAAUGUAGAAGGCCUGAGAGCACCGGUGUGGGAAGGUUUAUACGACGUGGUGAUCGCAGAGGGCACCAAGCUCAUAGACAAGUCUGCUUGGGAUGCCGUCGUACGUCCUGGGAUGAGCAUUGCGAUGCUUAUGUGGCCAUGA